AUGAUGCGGACUGUGGCGUUCGUGUUCAGGCACAUUGCGCAGAGGUGGAACUUGGAGGGAGUCAGUGGCCAGGAAUGCUCCGGGAAAGCCAUUUGCUUGGAGGACUUUAAUUGGGCGAGGAAUUCCGGGAGGCCAAGGGCGAGCAUCGCGCCCAGGGCCUCCUCGCCCGAGGGAGCAGGGCGGCGUGACAGUCCCUUGGGGCUCGGGAGACGGGGGCUGCAGGAGGAGCUUGUGUGUAACAAGAUGGAUAUGGAUGAUCACAGUAAUCUUGGUAUGCCUGAUUCAGACAUGCUAAGUGACAUGAUCAGAGAGGAAAUACUGGAUGGUGAAGACUCAGAUCAGGUUCCUGAGGGCAUUCAGCCAGAAUCCUAUGAGAACAAUGAGGAACAAGAAGAAGAAGAGAUGAAAGAAACUGAUGAAGAAAAUAUGCGCAAACGUCCCCCAAGUGCAACUCCCAGUGAUGAUGAACCUGCAUCAAAGAAACGCACCAAUGAAGUUGAUAAGCUAUGGAAGAAUGUGAAUGACAACCCAAAUGACUUCCAAGCCUGGACAUUGUUACUUCAGCAUAUUGAUCAGGUGGUGAGUUUUGUUUAUGUCUAGAAUCUCUGAAUGCUU